AUGAUACUCGGUGCUAUGGGGCUUGUUGGAUGUUUCCUUGGGAUUCAGGGGAUCCGUCUCAAGGAAAAGUCGAACCUUAAAUGGGCCUUCAUAGUGCUAUCAAUAAUGUUCGGCUUUGCGGCGGCUGGCUGCUUGGCUAUCGUUUUCGUUUUUGGCGAAACGGACUUCCUGUUUAGAUUAGCGAUGUGCGCCUGGUUGGCUCUAAUCUUGCUGAUCGUCUGGAAAAAUAAAAAAGCGCUCGACCGAUGUGAUAAAUGUUAC